AAUUCCUUGUGACUGACGAUGAGUGAGGAAGUAUCCCCGAUGUUAUGUUAUGUUAUCUUUUUUUUCCCCUUCCCUUCAUAUAUAUUACUAUAUACCUACCUACCUAUCCUGCAACAUAAUCUCCUGCCUGCCCUUUUUGUCUAUCAACAAAGGAAAAGACAAAAGCAAAAACGCGAACAGGAAACAGGGGUGCUUUCUUGGUGAAGGCUGCGCCGCCGAGUGGGUCGGGACGCAGACGCCUUUGCCUCGUGGUCAACGGACAAACAAGCGUGAGGAAGGAGAGAGAGAUGAGUGGAGAAAGGGAUGGUGAAACGGCCCCGAGUGCCGAGCGAUGGUUUGAGCUUGUGCCUUGGGGCGGGCGUUUGCGCCAAUCAAGGUCUCAAACAUCGUCUCUCUCCGGGCACGAGUCUGGACUCAGUGGUUGUUUGUUGUGUAGUUCAGCUUGGAUGGUUAUUGUGAGGUGAGAUGGCAUUUGUUUUCAAAGUGAAAACACAUAGACGGAGA